GGGAGGUAUUGAGUGGCGGACCGGCGGAAGUGUGUCCGUGGGGGGAGGUAUUGAGCGCCGGGCCGCCAUGGAGGUCGCUCCUGGUCCAAGGAGAGCCGGUAAAAAUGAUGAUAAAGAUAAAGUGGAUGAAACGGAGCUGCUGACAGUACCUGAAGGAUGGAAGGAGGAACCGUUCACCAAAAUGGACAAUAUUCAUGGCCUUUUGGAGGACAGCAGUUUUGCUACUCUGUUCCCUAAAUACAGGGAGGCCUAUCUGAAAGAAUGUUGGCCCUUGGUGCAAAACACUCUGAAAGAACAUUAUAUUACAGCUACAUUAGAUUUGAUUGAAGGCAGUAUGACUGUUACCACUACUAAGAAGACAUUCGAUCCAUAUAUCAUCAUUAAAGCCAGGGAUUUGAUCAAACUUUUAGCGAGAAGUGUUCCUUUUGAGCAAGCUGAACGUAUUUUUCAGGAUGAUGUGACAUGUGACAUAAUUAAAAUUGGAUCAUUGGUUAGAAACCGAGAACGAUUUGUGAAAAGAAGGCUAAGACUUAUUGGGCCGAAAGGAUCAACACUUAAGGCUUUAGAGCUGUUGACCAAUUGCUAUAUCAUGGUACAAGGGAAUACUGUGUCUGCCUUAGGACCAUAUACAGGGCUGAAAGAGGUGAGAAAAGUAGUCACCGAUACCAUGAAGAACAUACACCCAAUCUACAAUAUCAAGACGUUGAUGAUUAAACGAGAAUUAGCAAAAGAUGCAGAGCUUAGAACACAGAACUGGGAGAGGUUUCUGCCCACGUUCAAGCACAAGAACCUAAACAAACGGAAACAACCCCAGAAGAGGAGGAUAAAGAAGGAGUAUACGCCUUUCCCACCACCACAACCAGAAAGCAAGAUUGAUCGGGAGCUAGCCACUGGUGAAUACUUCCUCAGAGAGAAGGACAAGAGGAAGAAGAAGUUGCAUGAAACAAAGGUAAAAGAAGCAGAGGCAGCAGCCAGGCAAAAGGAAGAAAGAAAUAAAGCUUUUAUUCCUCCUAAAGAAAAACCUGCUGUUAAAGUGAAAAAAGCUGCAGAAGCAAAAGUUAACAUUGAAGCUCUUAAAGAAAAAGUGAGAACUGCCAAGAAAAAGAAGCUAGGAGCCCCAGCAGUGGAGGAAAUUGCUCAGAAAAUAGCUCAAAAGAAGAAGAAAUAAAUUGACUCUUCCAGUUCUCCCUAUGCUUUUGACAAACUGUUGGAAUAAUUAAUUCAGACAAUGUCACUGUUGGUCAAGCAGGGCUUCAACGUUACAUCAUUUUAAUUGUUACAUGCAAGUGGCCAAGAAAAAUAAAUUGUUCAUUCUGUCUGACCGAUGCCGAAGGAACAAGCACAUGGUCCUGUUCAUGAUUUCCUCACCUAAUUCAGUAGGACUGUUAGAUAUUUGUCUGUGCAAGGAUCCUGACAGGGUUUCUGAAAUGACAAUAUAGAAGAAGAAUUCAUCUCAAUCCCUAUGUUACAACUGAUUUUAACAAAUAGUAAAAUCUUGCAGGCAAGUGCAAUCAAUCAAUGUGUUACAAGUUUGCUUGGAUUCUGUCCUUUGAGCUUCAUUAUUUCCACAGAUAAGCAAGAUGAAAAUUUGGUUUAAGAUUGAAUGAAUGGUGUACGCAAAUGUUCAGAGAUAUUUCUAUUUUGUACUAGAGGUUUAUGUUAUAUAAUACCAUAACUUUGUUUUAUACAUCACUGUUCAUUAAAUCUGUAUACCUGUGUCUUAAA